AUGCUGGAUUACUUAUGCGCCGAGUUGGUGCUCUCGAAGGGGCCCGAAACCCUGCCCCGCCGCAUACCUCUGCGGGUACCAACGGACAGCACGCCUGUCAUGGUUGGACGGGCGGCAGAAAAUGACAUCGUUCUCAGCGCGCACCUGCUGUUUGCCUCGCAAAGACACUGCCAGUUGAUUGCGCGUCCUGUCGCAGCUGCAUUGACUGGCGAGGGCGAGGGGGAGGAUGGGGGAAAGCGAGAGAAAGGAAAGGAAAAACGUGCGUCAGGGCGCAAGAAGAAGCCGGUGGCUGGCUGCAAACGCGGUCGUGGUGCGCCGCAGUGGGAGCUGUGCCUGGUUGACGUGGGCAGCAGCAACGGCACCUUCGUCAACGGUGACCGCGUGGAAGUGAAUGCCCUCACGCCGCUGCAUCACGGCGAUACUCUCGUCCUCGGCGGGAUGCGUGACGUCGAGCCGGGCGCCGCGUUGCCGGCAGACGCGGUGGCGCAUGCGCCGGAGAUCGUCACGUGGCGCGUGGUCCUCAAUGCGGACGCAGCCCCCGUCGACUGCGUGUCGACCCCGUCGGUGGUGCUCCACGCCGACUUCGUGGAGGCGGAGGAGAAGCGGAUUGCCCUGGAGCUGCUGCAGCGCAUGACCUCACCGCCGUCGGCGAGCCGCGGGCCCACUACAACGGCGACCCCGCCGCCGACGGUGCUAAAGCGAUGGAAAGAGGCGCCGUCAAGGCGGCAGCGGGGGGAGGAACUCGACCACACACCACGGACGCCUGCCGCUCGUGUGGCCAUUCCGCGCCACGACGCCAACAACAAUAAUAGUCAAACCAAUGACACGGCGGGCGCCCAGGAUGGGGGGAAGGCAUCCACGCAGCGCAGCGGCACCGUCGCCGCAGCAAUAUUUGCACGGGAAGAAAGUCUGGAGGAUGCAACUCCCCCACCGUCGCCCUCCGUGCGGUGCGCUGCGGUAUGCGCGCAUUCCUUCAGCCGCAGGCCAACCACGCGGCGACAAACCGUAGACGCUCGCGUGGUGAAGGCGUACAAGGCGACAUCAAAUAAAUGA